GACAAUGGAACAACUCAAUUACGCGCUGGGUAUGCUACAGAAGAACUCCCUAGCUUAGUCACUAGAAACGAAGGUUCUCGCUAUAAAGAACGCAGAACGAAUCGUAACAUGAUGGUAUACGGUGACGCCUUAGAACUUGAUUCAGCUAGUAAAACUCAGUCCAAGACUCCGCAUGAGUCUGGAAUAGUCACGUCUUGGGACACAAUGGAGAACGCAUUAGACUGGACAUUCCUUAGAAUGGGUUUAAAGAGCACACCACCACCUAUCGUUAUCUCAGAGCCACUCUGUAAUCUUCCUUAUCCGCGAUCCCAAAUGUCGGAGCUGCUAUUUGAGGCGUAUGACACUCCGAAACUAUCAUAUGGUGUUGACAGUCUAUACUCCUUCUACAAUUCGAAUGGAACAGACGGUCUCGUUAUAAGUGCAUCAUCAAACAUGACUUCCGUAAUACCCGUCUUAGAUGGUAAAGGUAUUUUCUCCACUUGCAAGCGAGUCUCCUGGGGUGGUAUUCAAUCCGCUGAUUUGCUCUUGAAAUUGAUUCAACUCAAAUAUCCUGCAUUUCCAACAAAGGUUACCCCUAUGCAGUCUAAUUUUAUCUUGGAGAAUUGUUGCACUUUCGCGGAUGAUUACAAUGAUUUCAUUAAGGAUAUGGAAAAUCCAGACAAUCUCAAGAAGAUUAAUAAUGUUAUUCAAUUCCCUUACGUUGCUCCAGUUGUUGAUGAGAAGUCAGCCGAAGAACUUGAGCGUCAGGCAGAGAAGAAGCGUGAAGCCGCCCGUAGACUGCAAGAACAAGCAGCGAAAACGCGCCUUGAAAAGCUUGCGAACAAAGAGGCAGAAAUCAAAUGGAUGGAACAACUGAAGGAAAAUAAAGCUAAAGAACAGCCUAAGGCCUAUCUCCGUCGCUUACAAGAUGAAGGUUUUGAAGAUGAAAAGGAGUUCGAAGAUCUCUACAAGCGUACUGUCAAAACGCUGCAAAAAGCAAGAGAUCGUGAAUUAGGUAUCGAAGAUACUGCUGAAAAGGAGCAACCAAGCUUUCAUCUUGUUGAUGUUCCAGAUCAGCAACUUAAUGAAGAAGACCUCAAAGAAAAGAGGAGACAAAGACUACUUAAGGCCGGUUAUGACGCUCGCAUGAGGAUCAAAGAAGAGAAAGAAGCCGAACGUAAAAAGAUUGAAGAGAUAGCUAGACAAGAUGAAUAUGAGAGGACACAUCAUCACGACAGGUGGCUGCAGAAGCUGAGAGAUGAUUACAAGGUCGGACUUAUACGUCAAAAAGAGAAGGAAAGAAUGAGAUAUGCUCUAGCAGACCGUAAAUCAGCAGCUGCGCAAAAUAGAAUGAGAAACAUAGCCGACCUCGCUAACGAAGGCAAGAGCAAUGAACCUAAAGGACAAAAACGAGGCCGCAAAAAGCAAGGUGUCCAACAAGACGAGGAUACAUUUGGCGCUAAGGAUUCUGACUGGAAGAUAUAUAAGGAUAUCAAAAAUGAAAAUGAUAGCGAAGACGAAGAAGAAGAAGCUGCGAAUUUGGACGAGAUGGAGGCCAAGCUUCUCGAGAAUGACUCUCAAUUCACGGUGGAAGAUACCCGCCAGGCCCGUCGCAAAGCACAGCGCAAACUUUUAACGACGUUUUACUAUGGUGGCGAAGAUCCAUAUGAGGACGUUGGUAUGCAUGAUGAACAACAGGAGACACCUGAACAGAUACAACAAUCGCACCAACUCCACCUUAAUAUCGAGAGGUACAGAGUCCCUGAGGUUCUCUUCCAGCCGUCAAUCGCGGGUUCGGACAGAGCGGGUUUGGUCGAAAUGGUCAACCACGUUCUCAAAUCAUUUCAUGGCGAAGAAAAAAGUCGACUAUUAGGUAACGUGUACCUUACUGGUGGCUAUGCAUCUCUCCCAAACUUUGACAAUAAAUUACAAUCGGCUCUUCGUCCGAUAGUGCCAGUUGGCAGUCAAUUCAAUGUUACACGCGCUGUUGAUCCUCGCUUUGACGCUUGGAAAGGUAUGGCGCGUUGGGCACGCGAAUCAGAUGGUGUAACUGGUUGGGUGACUAAACAAAUGUGGGAGGAAGAAGGCCCUGACAGACUAGAAGCUAUUGGAGCUUAUAGGCAUAACUUGACAUUUUAAUUUAUAUGUAAAAUUGUAGUUAUAUUCAUUAUUGACC